AUGUCUCUCAAGGUCGUCGUCCUCGCCUGCGUGGCCGUCGUCGCUCUGUGCGACAAGGCCCCAGUCCACGCCCCUCUUCCCCUCGUCUACACCCCUAGACCUGCCUACCACGCCCCCGAACCCGCCUACCACGCCCCCGAACCCGCCUACCACGCCCCCGAGCCCGCCUACCACGCCCCUGCACACUAUGAGCCCGAAUACCCUGAUGUGCCUCCGAAGUACAACUAUAACUACGGCGUCGCCGACGGCUACUCCGGCGCCAACUUCGGCCACACUGAGUCCCGCGACGGCUACAAGACCGAGGGCAGCUACACCGUCGACCUCCCCGACGGCCGCAAGCAGAUCGUCAAGUACGUGGACAACGGCGACGGUCUUGUAGCUGAGGUCACCUACGAGGGCGAGGCUCAGUACCCCGAGUACAAGCCCACCUACAAGCCCGCUCCACCCGCCUACGCCCCCCCGACCCCUACCUAUGCUUAAGAGAGAUUCAUAUGAAGGAAUAUUUGUCAAGAACAUAUAUUCAGCAAAUUAUAUUUAUUUUCUCAUACAUGGAAUAAAGGCCAUAUUUUCCUAUAAA